AUGGCCCCAAUGGAGAACAAGGACAAUGUCUCAUUGACAUGCCAGGCUGAGGGUCAAACUGACACAUACCGGUGGUUCAUAAAUGAAAGUGCCCCAGCCAGUGACAGGAUACAGCUGUCCCCAGAUAACAGGACACUCAGUAUACACAAUGUCACAAGGGAAGACGAAGGACCCUAUGUGUGUGAAAUCGAGAACCCAAUUAGUCGCAAUAGGAGUGAUCCAUUCAGAGUGAAUGUUACCUAUGGCCCAGAUUCCCCCAUGAUUGACCCUACAGAUGAUCAUUACUCUAUAGGGGAAAAUAUUACUUUGAACUGUUCUGCUGAAUCUAACCCACCUGCCCAAUUCACUUGGGUUCACAAUGGACAAACCUUGAGCAACUCAGCCACACUCUCUCUUACUAAUGUGUCACUGAAUGACACUGGAACCUAUACCUGUCAUGCAUCUAACCCAUACACUGGCUUGACUAGCUCCAAAGACAAGACUCUUAUGAUCUAUG